CAAAAUCAAAACCCACCAAAGCAACCACCAAAACCAAUCUAUCCCACACACCAUGGGAGAAAAAGAAGAGAAGAAGAACAAGAACAAGAAGCAGAAACUCAAACACCAAAACCCCAAAGAUGAUCAAACCACCACUAAACCAGCAUCAGAUUUCUCCUUCAAGCCAAGCUCCGAUGUAAAGGGUCUCCGAUUUGGAGGCCAGUUCAUCGUAAAGUCCUUCACAAUCCGACGUGCAAGGCCCUUUGAGCUCCUACAGCUCCUCUCAGUCACACCAAACAUCAAAGAAAACCAUAUCAGCAAUAACAAGAAGCUACCCUUUCCAUCCACCACAGCUUUCUUGCCCACAAACUUCACCAUUCUAGCACACCAUGCUUGGCAUACCCUUACACUAGGCCUAGGCACCAAGAAGUCCAAAGUAGUACUCUUUGUUUUCGACAAUGAGGCCAUGAAGGCUGCAGUGGACCGCGUUUGGCCGCCGGAAAUUCCACUCGGGGAAGUGAACAAGAAGCUGAUCAGAGGGCUCAGUGGGUGUGAGAUGGCAAGGUUCAAGUUCAGGAAAGGGUGCAUUACUUUUUAUGUGUAUGCAGUUAGGCAAAUUGGGAACUUGGGUUUUUCAAAUGCUGAUGAUCUCAGAACAAUUCUACAGUCUGUGGUGGCUCUUCAAGAUUUCUUGGAUCACACUGCUAUGCUUGCCAUGCCUAACCAGAGAAGCAUUAACUUUCAGCAACCUCCUACAGCCAUGGCUCACUAGAAACAAGUUUUAAUCUUUGAUCACCUUGUUCAAUCAAUCAUCUUCUACUAGGCCUUUUUUUCUUCUUCUUUUCUAA